UGGAAGUGCACGCAGCAGGGAGGCCGAGCUCUGAAAAGCCCCUGCCCCGUCCCCCCCGGUGCCACUACCACCGCCGCGUCCACCGCCACCUUCCUCCGCCGCCUUCCUCCGCCUCUCCUCCGGCCGCCGCCUCUCCUCCUCCCCGUCCGCCCCUUCGGUUCCACGGCGCAACCUCGUCCCAGUCCCCGCACACAGACCAGAGCCCGGCACGAGCAUGGAGUCCCACAGUGCGAUGCUGCAGAGACUCAGGACCUCCUUCCAGUCCGGGGUCACCGUUCCCGAGAAGUUCAGACGCGCCCAACUCAACCAACUCCUGAGUCUGCUCCAGGAGAACGAGCAGAGGAUCCUGGAGGCGCUGCACAAAGAUCUGGCCAAGCCUAAAUUCGAAGCGGUUUUAUCCGAGAUGGACAUCGUCAUUAAUGAGGUGCACUUCGCUCUGUCCAACCUGAGGAGCUGGAUGCAGGACGAGCACGUGACCAAAACUCUGGCGACAAAAGUGGACGAGUGCUACGUGCGCAGGGAGCCUCUCGGGGUGGUGCUCAUCAUCGGGCCGUGGAACUACCCCAUACACCUCCUGCUCCUGCCACUAGUGGGGGCUAUCGCUGCAGGAAACUGUGUGGUCAUCAAACCGUCAGAAGUGAGCUCUGCGGUGGAGGCUGUGAUCGCUGAACUUGUACCCAAAUACCUGUCACAGGACUGUUUCGCUGUGGUGUGUGGAGGAGCAGAGGACACACAGGCUCUGCUGAAAAAUAAAUUCGACCACAUCUUAUACACAGGCUCUCAGUCGGUGGCCCGUUGUAUCCUCCAGGCGGCCGCUCCUCACCUGACGCCCGUCACCCUGGAGCUGGGCGGGAAGUGCCCCUGCUUCAUCCAUCACCGGGUGGACCCGCUGGCGGCCGCGCGCAGACUCGCCUGGGCCAAGUACUUCAACGUGGGCCAGAGCUGCGUGGCCCCCGACUACGUCCUGUGCACGGAGGAGACGAGGGACGCCCUGGUGACCGCUCUCAAACAGGUCCUCUUCGAGUUCUACGGCGAGGAGCCCCAGAAGUGCCCCGACAUGGCCCGCAUCAUCUCCGCCAAACACUGGACCCGGCUCAUGGGGCUGCUGGGGAAGAGCAAAGGGAAAGUGGUGCUGGGAGGAGAGAGCGACGAGGCCGACAAGUACAUAGCUCCCACGGUGCUGGUGGACGUGUCCGAGGACGACGCUCUGAUGCAGGAGGAGAUCUUCGGGCCCCUGCUGCCCUUCAUCACCGUGAGCUCUGUGGACGAGGCCAUAGCCUUCAUGAACAGACAGGAGAAGCCCCUGGCCCUCUACGUCUUCUCCGAUGACUCCAGCAUCGUCAACACGGUCCUGGAAAAGACGAGCAGCGGGGCGUUCUGCUCCAACGACGGCAUCAUCCACAUGACCCUGCCCGGUUUGCCUUUUGGAGGAGUGGGUGCCAGCGGCUUUGGGAGCUACCACGGGCGCUGGGGCUUCGAGACGUUCAGCCACAAGAGGGCGGUGGUGCUGCGCGGCUGGGCCCUGGAGCGCAUCAACGGCCUCAGGUAUCCCCCGUUCACCGACAACAAACUGAGCUGGCUCCGCUGGACCGCCUCCCCCAAGAGCUGCUCCAUCAUGUGACCUCCCCCCCACCCCCCCACCUCUGACGCCGUUUACUGACCCGACUUUUAAGGUUUGGCGCUUAGAUGGUAGGCUCCGGAGGGACAGAGGUGAGCACGUUGCCAUGGUGAUUUUCUGUGUACCUGUUGCUAUGAACCGGCCGUAAAACAGUUAAAAGUUUAUUUUGGAUCGUUUUAGGUUUUUGAAGUUGAAAUUUCGCGAACCCAACGUACGCUGUAGUCUUGACUGACAAAAGGUGCGCUACGGAACUUUUCUAGUGACUACUUGUCUCCAUGGAAAUGUUUUUGAAUGUUCCACAGUACGGCAUUAAACUUACUUCUAUGUACUCUACUACUACUUCCACUACUAUUACUAUUACUACUGCUACUACUUUCACUACUAUUACUACUGUUACUACUUUCACUACUAUUACUGCUACUACUACUAGUACUCCCUUUACUACUACUACUGCUACUGCUACUACUACUACUACUACUACUUCCACUACUAUUACUAUUGCUACUACUUUCACUACUAUUACUGCUACUACUACUAGUACUCCCUUUACUACUACUACUACUGCUACUACUACUAGUGCUUUUACUGCUACUACUAGUACUAGUGCUUUUACUGCUACUAGUACUAGUACUAGUACUUUUACUGGUACUGCUACUACUACUUCUGCUACUACUUGUUAAAACUACUCUCAAAGCUGCGCUACGGAACUUUUCUUGUGACUCUUUGACUCCAUGGAGAUGUGCUUGAAUGUUCCACAGUACGGCAUUAAACUUCUAUAUCUCUACGUAGACAAACAGGUCGUCUUCGUUCACCAAAAAGCGACACAGUGUAACUUUAACAAUUUAUAACUUUGAAUGUCCCUCCGAACUGUACCAUCUAGCGCCAACUCACUUUUAAACACAGAAUUUUAAACGUGUUACUGAUGUUUUGAUUAAUCUUGGGGAAAGUUUGAAUCAGUGUCUGUGCCGAUCUGCCUUUUACCAUUUUUGCACUAGCUCGUCGUCGGUAUAGCAGUGUUUUAACAAAUAUGAUUUAUAAUGGUUUAUUAUAUUUUUAUACAGGUUUUGUUUAGUACAUUUGUGUGUUAAAAUAAAUGCUGUCGUGUUUAAAACUUUGUGGCUGCUAUUUAUGAUCGUUUUCCUGAAUAAAUAUUUUCCACAUUUGUC